AUGGAUUCUGCAGAUAUUGGCGGUUGGAUGGUCAGUCCUGGCCAGAACAUCUACCAUGCCACCAAGCACUAUGUCCGCGCCUUCUCCGAAGCCCUCUCCAUCGAGCUUCGCGGCUACCCGGGUGUCGUCAACACCCAGCUUAUGCCUGGUCCCACGCACACUCAAUUCGUCACGCGCGCACAUGCCGAAGAGACAUUCAUGAUGGCCGCCUCUGGCGCAAUGGAGGACCCGAAGAGCGUGGCGCUGGCGGGGUACAACGGGUUGUGCAAGGGGAAGAGGAUGGUCUUCAGUAGCUGGAACGCGGCAGGAACGGCUUUGAUGAUGCAUCUGGCACCGCGAAGCGUUCACCUUACGAUAGCCAGCUUGAUAAAUUCUCCGCUACGGGGAAUGGUGAGUAUGAAUGAAUCGGAGAAGGAUCAGAAAGUCCGUGGAUCUGAUCUUUGA